GCGAGGUAUUCGCGCAUAUAAAAAUUCGAUAAUUUUUGUACAAUUUAGAGAGGGGUCAAGAAAAAAACGGAUUUCAACUUGUAUAAAAGAUUGAAAUACAAUAUAGGUAUUGGGGAAUUUCAAGUACCUUCUUCCCCGCUUUUGUAAUAAUCACGUUAGAUUCGAAACGUCAGCAGUUUUCUUUCAUUUACGUAGUCAUCGCUUGUGAAAACGAUAGUUCGCUAUGAGCUCAGUUAUAAUUAUGUCAGUUAUAUGGAAAGUUCGGUUUAUAAACAACUUUUCCGGGUAGUUUUUCAUUCGACGAAUUUUUAACAUGUUAAUUUUUCUGACUCCUACCGAAAAGGCGCCGAGUUAAUUUACAAUUUGGGAUGGCUCAUUUCAAACCAUAUUUCGAAAUGCGAUAGAUGGAAACAACUGAAAUGAAUUUCGAUACAGAACUAACGUUCAGAAUAUUGGAAAUUUCAUCGAUGAAAUGUGCUCAAAUAUGUAUAAUUUUAUGUACGAUGAAUUUUUCUUUCAUCAAUGGACUAGUGUUCUCGGACAUUUUACCUGAAAAUGCCAAGCUAUACGAUAAAAUGCGACCACCUAAAAAAGGAGGAGAAGCUACUACCGUGUUUUUUCACGUCACCGUCAUGGGUCUAGAUUCGAUAGAUGAAAAUUCUAUGACUUACGCUGCUGAUAUAUUUUUUGCUCAAACUUGGAAAGACCAUCGUCUUAGGUUACCGGAAAAUAUGACGUCUGAGUAUCGAUUAUUAGAAGUUGGCUGGUUGAGAGAAAUGUGGAGACCGGAUUCAUUUUUUAAAAACGCCAAAGCAGUUACAUUUCAAACGAUGACUAUUCCUAAUCAUUACAUGUGGUUGUAUAAAGAUAAAACUAUAUUAUACAUGGUCAAGUUAACGUUGAAGUUAUCUUGUGCGAUGAAUUUUAUGAUAUAUCCACACGACACUCAGGAAUGUAAAUUACAGAUGGAAAGUUUAUCGCAUACAACAGAUGAUUUAGUCUUCCAGUGGGAUCCAGAUGUACCUCUUGUGGUCGAUCAGAACAUAGAAUUACCGCAAUUAGAACUUGUAAAAAAUUACACAGCUGACUGCACUCAGGUUUAUUCUACAGGUAACUUCACCUGUCUAGAAGUAAUUUUUGUUUUGAAAAGACGACUUGGGUAUUAUCUAUUCCACACAUACAUUCCCACAUGUUUGAUUGUAAUAAUGUCGUGGAUAUCAUUUUGGAUCAAACCUGAAGCUGCUCCAGCUCGUGUAACAUUGGGUGUAACUUCAUUACUAACGUUGUCGACUCAGCAUGCCAAAUCGCAAUCAGCAUUGCCGCCAGUUUCCUAUAUUAAAGCCGUAGAUGCUUUUAUGUCUGCGUGUACCAUUUUUGUGUUCAUGGCGUUAAUGGAAUAUUGUCUAGUGAACAUUGUAUUAGGAGAUGCUGAUGCUCCUAAACCUCCAGAACCUCCUAAGCCUGAGACUUUUGAAUUUACGAAUGAAACUCACAUGAUGUUAGCUCAAGCUGCAGCAGCUGCUUGUCCAAAACAUUCUCGCAAAACUCCAAAAUUCAAUGCGCUCAGAAGUCGUAAUCAAGCUCUUAAUAUCGAUCGUUUUUCAAGGAUAUUUUUCCCAUUCUUGUUUACAUUACUGAAUACUAUUUAUUGGAUCAUAUUCUUUCGAUAUAUUUAAUAACUCUUAAAUACUUUGUAAUUGCAUUUUUUUUAUUGUUUUCAAUUUCAUCAAAUUUUAUGCAUUUGAUAGCAAAUUAUCAUCAUUUCAAUGUGAAUUUUAUACUUAUUGAGAUAUUUUAUUGUUAUAUGGAAAAUCAUUUCUAUUGGUUGUUUAUGCUGGUAGAUUUAAGUAUUAUCAUUACCUAUUUAAUUUCUGUAGGCCUUUGUGUUAAAUCGUAUAGUGACAAGACUGCAUUUUUAUGCUUUUUCAUAGCACUUGGAAAUCAUCAUUCAUCUACCUAUCUGAGUAUUACCUACCUCUUAUGAGAGGGUAAAUUCAGUAAUUAGAUGAUGUUCUGUAUUGUCGAUUGAUACCCGAGGGGAAAAUUAUCAAAUUUAAUCAGGUCUGAAUGGAUCUAAUCUGGUGUAGUCAGAUCUAAUUAGACCUGUGGAAUGUCCAGAUCAAAUCAGACCCAAUCAUUUUCCCGAGGGACUGGUUCUACUAUUAAGUUGUUUCUUGAAAUCUUUGAUUGGUGAUUGCUCACUUAUUACAAAUCAUAUUUGUUUUGAAAAUUGUUGAUGCUGAUAAUAGCAUAUUUUGUAAAAGAGAGAAAUACCUAAGAAACAUUUUGAUGAAAUUAUUGAAAUGAAAUGUCAUAUUCCAAUAUAAAUUGAUCUCAU